UGCUCUAACCCGGGCUACAAGAAGGCGGAUGAUGAGAUGUCCGGGGCCACGUCCUCUGCAGACCAGGGAGAGGCGGCAGCUCGCACCAUUUACUUGAAUGAACCUCAGCAGAGCAAGUUCCGCGACAACUGGGUCAGCACAGCUAAAUACAGCGUGGUGACAUUUCUACCUCGAUUCCUGUAUGAACAAAUUAGAAAAGCUGCAAAUGCUUUCUUCCUCUUCAUUGCCUUACUGCAGCAAAUUCCAGAAGUCUCUCCAACUGGAAGAUAUACCACCUUGGUUCCCUUUCUAUUAAUUCUAACAGUUGCCGGCAUCAAAGAAAUCAUAGAAGAUUAUAAAAGACAUAAAGCUGACAGUACGGUGAACAAAAAGAAAGCAAUAGUUUUAAGAAAUGGAACGUGGGAGGAUAUCAUGUGGAAGAAGGUGGCAGUGGGGGACUUUGCGAAGGUCACCAACGGGCAGCAUCUCCCUGCAGACAUGAUCAUUUUAUCUACCAGUGAACCUCAGGCAAUGUGUUAUAUUGAAACAGCUAAUCUUGAUGGAGAGACGAACCUUAAAAUACGACAGGGAUUGAUUCAGACUGCUAACCUCCAAUCAAAAGAAGACUUGAUGAAAAUGUCUGGGAAGAUAGAGUGUGAAGGACCCAAUCGGCACCUCUAUGAUUUCACUGGAAAUCUCCGCCUUGAAAAUCAAAGUCCAGUUCCAAUUGGACCUGAUCAGAUCUUACUAAGAGGUGCACAAAUAAGGAACACUCAGUGGGUUUUAGGAAUAGUUGUCUACACAGGACAUGACACGAAACUUAUGCAGAAUUCAACCAAAGCUCCACUGAAGAGAUCAAAUGUAGAAAAAGUUACCAAUAUGCAGAUUCUCAUUUUGUUUUGCAUCCUUCUCGUCAUGGCUCUAGUGAGUUCUGUGGGUGCCUUACUGUGGAACAGAACACAUGGAGAAGUCAUUUGGUACUUUGAUUCCAAUGAAGUCCUAUCCACUAAUUUUGGAUAUAAUCUACUCACCUUUAUAAUCUUGUACAACAACCUCAUUCCCAUCAGUCUACUGGUGACUCUGGAAGUUGUGAAGUUUACUCAGGCUCUUUUUAUAAAUUGGGACAUAGAUAUGUAUUAUACUGAAACUGAUACACCUGCAAUGGCCAGAACUUCAAAUCUUAAUGAGGAACUUGGCCAGGUUAAGUAUCUAUUCUCUGAUAAAACAGGCACCUUAACAUGCAAUAUUAUGAAUUUUAAGAAGUGUAGUAUUGCUGGAGUAACAUAUGGUCACUUCCCAGAACUGGUGAGGGAUUGUUCAUCAGAAGAUUUCAGCCAGCUUCCGCCUCCUACUAGUGAAUCUUGUGAAUUUGAUGAUCCAAGAUUGCUGCAGAACAUUGAGGCUGAACAUCCCACAGCGAUGCACAUCAAAGAAUUCCUCACUCUGCUGGCUGUGUGUCACACUGUUGUUCCAGAAAGACAUGAAAACACCAUUAUCUACCAGGCCUCAUCUCCAGAUGAAAGCGCUUUAGUCAAAGGAGCAAAAAAACUUGGCUAUGUUUUCACUGGGAGGACACCACACUCUGUCAUCAUUGAUGCGCUAGGAAAAGAAGAAACGUUUGAGAUCCUUAACGUAUUGGAAUUUUCAAGUAAUCGAAAGAGAAUGUCUGUAAUUGUUCGGACUCCAGACGGUCAAUUACGUUUGUAUUGCAAAGGAGCUGAUAAUGUCAUUUUUGAAAGGUUAUCCAAGGACUCAAAGUACAUGGAGCAAACUCUAUGUCAUCUUGAUUAUUUUGCCACAGAAGGUUUGAGGACUUUGUGCAUCGCAUAUGCCGACUUAUCAGAAAAUUCUUACCGGGAGUGGCUGGACGUAUAUAACGAAGCCAGCACGAAUUUGAAGGACAGAUCUCAAAAGUUGGAAGAGUGUUAUGAGAUAAUUGAGAAGGACUUGCUGCUUCUGGGUGCAACAGCCAUUGAGGAUCGCCUGCAAGCUGGUGUCCCGGAAACAAUAUCUACUCUAAUAAAAGCAGAGAUCAAGAUUUGGGUACUGACGGGGGACAAACAAGAAACUGCUCUCAAUAUAGGGUACUCCUGCAGGCUUGUUUCCCAGAGUAUGACUCUCAUCCUCGUGAAUGAAGAUUCUUUGGAUGCAACAAGAGCAGCAUUAACGCACCACUGUGAAAAUCUGGGAGACUCACUGGGCAAAGAAAAUGAUAUUGCUUUGAUUAUAGAUGGCCAGACUCUGAAGUAUGCCCUAUCCUUUGAAGUGAGGCAGUCCUUCCUGGACCUAGCAUUAUCCUGCAAGGCUGUCAUUUGUUGCAGGGUGUCUCCUCUGCAGAAGUCAGAAAUAGUAGACAUGGUAAAGAAACAUGUGAAUGCCAUCACUCUGGCCAUUGGGGAUGGUGCCAACGAUGUUGGAAUGAUCCAGACGGCUCAUGUUGGAGUGGGGAUCAGUGGCAAUGAAGGCAUGCAGGCAACCAACUCUUCUGAUUAUGCAAUAGCACAGUUUUCCUACUUGGAGAAGCUGUUACUUGUCCAUGGAGCCUGGAGUUACAAUCGAGUGACAAAAUGCAUAUUGUAUUGCUUCUAUAAGAAUGUGGUUCUUUAUAUUAUUGAGCUUUGGUUUGCAUUCGUUAAUGGAUUCUCUGGGCAGAUUUUAUUUGAGCGCUGGUGCAUUGGGCUCUACAAUGUGAUGUUCACAGCAUUACCUCCCUUCACCUUGGGAAUCUUUGAACGAUCGUGCUCCCAGGACAACAUGCUUAGGUUUCCCCAGCUCUACAAAAUUACUCAAAAUGCUGAUGGGUUCAAUAGCAGGGUGUUCUGGGGUCACUGCAUCAAUGCCUUGAUCCACUCCGUCAUUCUUUUUUGGCUUCCCCUGAAAGCACUAGAACAUGAUACAGUAUUUACAAAUGGCCAGGCUGUUGACUACCUGUUUGUUGGAAAUAUUGUUUAUACGUAUGUUGUGGUGACCGUCUGUUUGAAAGCUGGCUUAGAAACCACAGCAUGGACCAAGUUCAGUCACUUGGCUGUCUGGGGAAGCAUGCUGCUCUGGCUCGUCUUCUUCGGUGUUUACUCUACUAUCUGGCCUGUCAUUCCUAUAGCACCAGACAUGCUUGGACAGGCAGGAAUGGUACUGAGAUGUGGACAGUUCUGGAUCGGUUUAUUGCUCGUGCCCACAGCGUGCCUUGUUAAAGAUGUGGCAUGGAGAGCGGCCAAGCAUACUUACCGUAAAACUUUGCUGGAGCAGGUUCAAGAGUUGGAAGCUAAAUCCAAAGAGCUGAGGAAAUCUAUGCUGCGUGAUAGCAAUGGAAAGAGCAUGAAUGAACGUGACCAUUUGUUAAAAAGGCUGGGCAGAAAGACCCCUCCAUGCCUCUUCCGUGCUCAUUCUGUCCAGCAAGGAGUGCCCCAUGGUUACGCUUUCUCUCAAGAGGAGCACGGGGUCGUUUCUCAGUCUCAAGUUGUUCGAUCCUACGACACUACAAAGCAGAGAGCUGGAGUCGAAUAACACGGACUUCUUCCCCGCGAUUGGUGGCUGGAGGAAAGAGAUGUGGAUCAAUGUGUCUACUGUGAAUACACCCUUGAGUAAGGCUGGCAGCAGCAACGUAAACACCGGAAAACUUUUUACUGUGGCCUUAGCCAACAAGUUUGUUCUCUAUGCUGCUUCCAGAUCUUGAGCACACUUUGGGGGGUGGGGAGCAGUCCUUGCCGGAAGCCAGCUGUUCUUUUGGUUUACAUGGUUUGUGAAACACUUGGCUCUGCUGCCCAAGGUGUGAUGCUGAAAACAUUUUGUUUCUAUUGCCAUUUUUCAGAAGGCAGGGCAAAAGGCAUUUUGUGCUUUUGCAGAGAAAACUUUAAAAAGGUGAUAAGGCCCGUUGCUGAUCUACCUUUGCUGAAUUCUGGCUUCCCAUUUUGUCAUGCCCAGACUUAGCUGCAUGUAUGAAGCCUUUAUAAUACUCACUGUCUAUUUGACUGGAAUGUUUACAAAGACAGGCAAAGAACUACAGAGAAGCCAAUAUAACCGGGGGGGGGGGGGGGGGCAAGGGAG